UGAUGACAUAAUUGAUAAAGGAAAGUUGAAAUUUAAGUUGAUAAAAUUCAGGAGACUUAGUAUGGAAGAGUUAUUUCUUAAUCGCAUAUUAAACUCUGUGGAAAGCCUACGGAAUGAGUAUCGGGAGGUGAAGGAUAGUGUACGGAUUAUAAUGGGUGAUUUGCGGACAUUAAUUGAUCUUAGGAAACGUAGAGAUGAUGAGCGAAGAAUGUAUGAAUGUGAAAUGGUUACAAGAUUUGGCAGCAAUUGUGAUGAUGCGAAACUCGUGAACCAAAUGAUUUAUGAUGAAGGGAAAGGGGUUGAUUUGGAUAUCCAGCGAGUUCGUUUCGUUGAAGGGGGUAAUAAGUAUGAAACUAAGGUUGGAGAUAUCCAUGGUGGUGAAGUACCGAAGCGUAAAAGUCAAUCCGGGGAGUUGAAUCACCCCACUUCUUCUUCUGGUUUGAGUGGUAUUAAAUUUGGUUCUGUAAGUUCUACUAAUUUAUGUAAGAAAAAUGAAAAGGUUAUACAUAAGACGGAGGGUAGUUGUGGGGGAAUGAAGAGGGGAAAAUUUGACGAUAAAGUUUUUAAGAUGUCAUCCCAAUUUGGAGAAACUCUACUGCAGCGUGAGAUGUCGAUGAAAGCUAGAGUAGGUACGAUAAAGCCAAUGACAUUAUUUACAGACGUUAAGGGAACAAGCCAUCGUCGGGCAGGUGCAUUAGGUGGUAGUUCCCAUAUUGGAAAGGUAACGAUGAUAAUAAUUUUUUUUUUUAAUUGUUCAAUAUUAUUGUCUUUAGUACCGAAUAUUAUGUAUAUGCAAGGUGAGAGUAGUUCUCAGUCAUUGCCACUUAGCUCUGCACUAUUAAAGGGUGAUGUUCAAAUGAAAAUGAUUGGUCCGUUUAAUGCAAGUGCCCCGAUACUUGACGAUCCUGAUAUUGCGUCACUGGUUGAAUUUAUUUUUGACCCAGUUGUACCUGAUGAAAUAUUGGUGGAGAAGGAUUUUAAUUUCCUCAAUAGAGAUUUGAUUAGAAGCUUGGGUCCGGGUAAGAAGGUGAUGGGUGAGGUGUUGAAUGUUGUUUGCGAGGUGAACACACAUGCAGCUCUGCUAGUGUCAGCAGAAGACGGAAGAGCUUGGUAUUUGAAUACAAGAUUGACAGUAUCUGGAAUUAGCAUUGACAGUUUAUUCCCAGACAAUGGUCGUGAUGAUUCUGCGCGGAAGUUUUACUUUGGUGAUUUGAAGAAAUAUUUUUAUUCCAAUCCACAAUGA